CCAAAUCUAAAGUUGUAAAGUAUUUUCCACCCGCGACCGCAGUAGACUUCAUUUGCUGUGGGCAUAGGAUAGUUAUCCGACUCGGUGGCUUCAUUAACAGUACUGCGGUAAUCUCCACACAAUCUUAUUUCUCCUGAUUUUUUUAUUAUUGGCACUAUUGGUGUAACCCAUUCAAAAAAGGAUGUUUGGCGUAAUACUUCUUCACUUUUUAAUCUACUAAUCUUCAUUUCUACUCUUUAUUUUAAAGCAAAUGGUACUUGACGAGCCACAAGGAACUUUGGAGUUGCCCCUGGCUUUAUGUGUAUAGUAACUGGUAGUGCGCGGAAGCUACCGAGUCCAUCUUUGAAAACUUCUUUAUGUUUAGAUAACAUCGUGUCUAUUCCAUUUUGUUCAGUAUUUGACACAAAAUUGAUAUUCAUAGUCAAGUUCAGAGGAGCGAGCCAAUCUCGACCGAGUAGGUUCGGUCGUUUACCUUUGGCUACAAUCACACACAAGUUUUUUGAGAUGUUUCUAUAACGCACUGGUAGUGUAACUUGGCCAAGUAAUUGAACUAGAAUCUCUGUCCAUGUGUCUAAGGUUAGUGAAGUAGGCUGUAGUGCAUUUUGUGGCAUCUGUUUGUGUACUGUAUGCCAUGUUUGCUCAUUCACUAUAGAAUAACUUGCUCUUGUAUCCACUUGCAUACAAACUGGAAUUCCAGCAAGGAAUGGUACACUCCAAAUAGCGGUGUGCGACCCAUAUUUGAUAUAUAAUAGAUUCCAUUUAAACAAUCAUUUGUUUCUUCCGUAAAAUUUACAUUAUUAUAUUUAUUCUUCUUUUUACUAAUGCAAAUUUUCUCCAAGUGCCCUUUUUUUUCUUACAGUAUCGACAAAUAGCAUUUAGAAAUCGACACUCUCCAUUAUGACGGUCGCCACAACGAUAACAAAAACGAAUGGACGCUCUUGACUGAACUGCAUUAAUAUCCAUCGGCUCCGAACCCGACGGUGACGUAGUUUAAGUCGUUCGAGAGGCGUGACAGUAGUAUCCGCGGUCACGCUGGCAGAUACUUGAAUCAUGCAGACAUCUCGUCCCGCACUUUCUGAUGAUAGCAUCUACUACAUCUUGAUAACGUACGAAAACAUUAUAUGGAUUACAUCAUAAAAAUGUUGUCUAUAAACUAUGAAAACAACCAAAGACUAUUGAAUAAGAACAUCUACUUGCCCAGUGCUAUCUGGAGAUGUGCAAAGAAAAUAGAGAUGACAGCUGCACAGACUUGCAUGGUAGCACAACUAUACAGGAAAAAUAUCACAGCUGUUAUAAAUGACUUAAAAAAUGAUACCACCAAAGGAAAGUUGUAUAGAAGUUUGUAUGAUUGCUUAAGGAAACCACCAGAAAAUGACAAAAAAUUGCAAACAAUAACAAGAUCAAAUGAUUGUACAUGUCCUUGUGUUUGUAAUCAACGGAAACGGCCCCGCUUAUCAGAAUCACCAAAACCUUACUCAGAUGAGAAUUUCAACAAUUAUUCAGGAAAUGCAGGACAAACCUUGAAUAAUCACAAAAAACAAUUCACAAUACCAGUUGUAGAAAAUUUACAUGCUGAAAAUCCUAAAGUUGCUUUAGUCACAAACAAUUCUGCACAAUCAUUAGAAAAUCGGUCAGGGAAUAUAUUAAGUCAAGAGUCAAAUGUAUCAUCUAAGCCACUCACCAGGAUGUCUGUUGAAUCGCAGGAUUCUGAUGAACUCAUGUUACAACUUGAAAAGUUAUUUCAAGGUGAUACCAAUGAUGAUGAUUUAUUUGAAGGUACCUUAUGUGAUAGUUACGAUGUUGUUUCACAUGUAGACAAAAAACGUGAAAACACUUUGAAUAGAGAAAAACAAACAGUUUUUUUAAAACAGGAUACAAUAAUUGAAAAUCAUGCUGCACAAAUUAAAUCACUUGAUGAACGAUUAGAAUCCUUAGCUGGUUUACUAGUCAAUAAUGAUCAUGAUAAUACAAUACAACAAAAGCCUGAAAUAGCAAAAACCAAAAAUAUAUCUAGUAAAUGGCUGUGUGAAGAAUAUUUUCUUAGAUUGAAAUUGUAUGAACUCUUGGAUCAAAUUAGAGAUUGUAAUAGGAAGAAAUAUACACGGAUAAAGGAAAAAUUAUUAAUACUAUUUGGAGAUGAUAGUGAUGAUGACAGUGUUAUGUCACCAUUAGAUGAAACACCAGAUUUUGUCAUUAGUUGCAAAGAACGAAUUGCCCCAUGGGUUGUAAAACUUUUGACACCUUUCUAUAUUAAAGGCCGUAUUAGAGGGAAAGCUUUAUUUAAAGCUCUGGCUAAACAUUUGAUAAGAUUAAUAUAUCAAUGCAGUCGAUAUCCAUGUGAAUAUGAGGUGCAUAGUUUUGUAUCGGAUUUCUUAGAAAACCACAAGAUGAUAAGAUGCGAAGCAGAUUUUAAACAGUUUAGAAUAGAAAACCUGUAACAUUUCUACUGUUGAUUACUUGGAACUUUUUAAAAUUACAUAUUUUGUUGAUUGUAUAAAAACUCGAAUAAUAACUUGUUAUACGUAGUUACGUAAUUAAAGUUAUUAUUUCUGGUAUCCCAGAGUAUUUUUACAAGAUUAAGUAGUUAUUAUCAUUAAACUUUCUCAAGUUCAAUAAAACAGUUGCAAGUAUUUCCUCAAGUACAUUGAUACUAAUACGUGUAUAUAUGGGUUAUUCCAUUGAAGUUUAUGGGCGUACAAAAUAAUUGCGAAUUGGAAUUAUGGCCUACAAUUCUUUUUUGAUAGUGUCGAAUAGAUGUUGUUUCUAAGUUUUCUAUUACUUACUUCUAUGAAUGGUUUUAUAAAUGUUUUACGAGUAGUCACAGCAGCAUCUCUCAAUGAAGUGGACAUGGAUAAUUUAAAGAAAAAUUAACGUAAAAUAUAUUGAAAGAUAUAAUUAAAGUAUUUUUCUUAGUUCUAAAAUAAAUCAAUUUCAAAGAAUCUAUUGUUUUGCCUUUUUAUGUUCUGAACAAUCAUUAUCAUCAGAUUUCCUUUUUGCUGUCUUAUUAAACCAUUCAUUUAGUGUUUUUUGUGUAGUCUUCUUUCUAUCUAUUAAUAUCUUUUUGUUACAAUUUUCUGAUUUAUUUCUUGAGUUGUUUACAAGAGUAGAGACAGGAUGCCACGAUAAUAAUGUGAUAGGCUUCAGAUAAGAGAGAGCCAUGUCUGCUUCUACAUUAUUAAUAUCAAGCCAGGCCUGAAAUAGUAUUUUAUAUAUUAUAAAUUAAUUUAAAAAAAUCUAAAUUAGAUUUAUAUUUAAAGAAAGUUGCAUAGGAUCUAUAUGGGAACAAAUUGGUUUAAUUAAAAAAAAAAAAAUCAAUGAGUUUUAAAUUCGUUACUGAUACACUAAAAUAAAAACAUUGGGGGAAAAAAGAAAAAAAGAGAAUACUGACAUCAACCUGAUCUUGUGUAUUUAAAAUAGCUGGCAUUCUGUGAUGUAGCCAACUCAAAGUACUGUUUGAAUCCAUUGUAAUAAUGCUGUAUGAAUAAAUAACUUUGUCUUCA